UCAUUGUGCGCCUUAACGCGCGCUUUUUCUGCGCACAGCACCUUUUAUGUGUCCAAGCUAGAUGCUAAAGUAGCCUUUGCGUUUGGCCUCUUUCUGCUGCUUCACAAUAGACGGUGUACUUUGCUGCUGUUAAGGGCUGAAAAACGCUGUUUCUUCCAUCCGGACGGGAAGUAUCGACGACUUGAGACAACGUGUGGCUAAUCUCCGAACAGUGCCAUGGGCAAAAAGUCUCGCGACGAAGAAUCCUCAUCCUCUGACGAGGAAGAAUAUGUUGUGGAGAAGGUGCUGGACAGGAGGGUGGUGAAAGGCAGGGUGGAGUUCUUCCUGAAAUGGAAAGGAUACUCGGACAAGCACAACACAUGGGAGCCUGAGAAAAAUCUGGACUGUCCUGAGCUAAUAUCAGAGUUCAUGAAGACCUACAAGAAAGGCAGCACUGGUAGUGCUACACCAAGUAGCGGGGCCAGCAAAUCCACCACUGGCCCCUCAGGGCGCUCCAAAGAAUCCGGCAGUUCCAAGAAGAGGAGCUCUGAUGAUGAUGAGGAGGGUAGUAGCAAGCCCAAGAAAAAGAAAGAGGAUGAAAUCCUUGUUGCACGUGGCUUUGAGAGGGGGCUUGAGCCAGAGAAGAUCAUAGGAGCGACUGACUCAUGUGGAGACUUAAUGUUUCUCAUGAAAUGGAAAGAUUCUGAUGAGGCUGAUCUCGUGCUCGCCAAGGAGGCCAAUCAUAAGUGCCCACAGAUAGUCAUAGCCUUCUACGAGGAGCGUCUGACCUGGCAUGAAGACAGCGACAAGAAGGAGAAGGAUGCCGUCAGCGCGUGAGUUUUCAAGAGGAAAAGCUCCACUGCAGGGACAACCUUGAGUCAGACAUUUUUUUUCCCACAUCUGAAACCUCCCUCAUCUUUCACCUGUACCAUGUCCAGUGAUGACACAAAGACGGCAGACACGGUUGUUUCCUCCAUCCAUGUCCCCAUCGGAGCACAAUGGCCCCAGACUGCUGAGGGGGUAGGGGGCUCCUACUAAAAAGAAGCUGUAGUGGCUGUGGGUGAUUUGCUAAUGGGGAAAGAUUCUACUGUUCUUGUCUUUGUCUUGAUGAACGUUUUUUAUUAUCUUAGCAUAUGUUUUUAGAACAAAAAGGAUGGGAUUAUAGCAGUGAGGAAUAUGUAACUGUAACUUUAAGAGACUGAAUCCUUUAAAAAAAUUGUCAUUGGAGAUAUGGAGCAAACUGUAUUACCUGUUGACUACCAUUCUAAACAUUAAUUGUUACUGGUCAAUGUCCCCCGUACUAAAUCCACCUUAGCUUUUAUAUUUGUGACGCUGCCACCGGAGUGUUUUCUUGACUGCAUAAUUUCUUCCUUUUUGAGAGCUGUUUUUAAUCAUGUAGUUUUUGAGAGUUUUCUUUUUUGUUAUUCUUGUCAUGUCUACCAAAAUACAGCUUCUAAGUCUGAAGAAAUGUUCUUUUUCUGCAUAGUGACUUUAUUUUUUUCCUUCUUAUGUUUCCAGUUAUUCUCAUAUGAUUUUUAAUUUUGUUACACUAUUAUCUGAUAAAGUACAAUAAAAUGUUUUACUCAC